UCCUGAGCAGCACUCUGCACAGGUGAGCGCUGAUUUACUCCGCCGCCACGCAAUGUGAGGGACACUUUUCCACAACGGAGUAGCACUUUGCAGGGUAUAGUGUUAUAUUUUCUUUAACAUAAACAUCAUCGACUGACAAAUUUAAGUCAAAUAAGGUUUAAUUUCACACAACGACUCAUUUAUUUCCCCUCUCCGUCAAAGUGGAUGAAAUAUGCCGAUGAACAACAACCAGAAGGUGCAGAGUGCAGCUGCCAGACUGACCAAGCUGCCUCUGGUCCACUCAGCUUGUACCAAACUGUCAGUGUUGUACAUUGACACUAAAUGCAGCCACCCCAACCUGAGGUCUGUGUGUGAGGUGCUGGAGAGCAGCGUGACAGCUGCAGUCUCACCUGUCAUUGUCAAACUGGAGCCUCAGAUUUCCAUUGCAAAUGACAUUGCAUGUAAAAGUCUCGACUGGCUGGAGACCGCUUUCCCUGUGCUUCACACGCCAACGGAGCAGAUUGUUGAUAAGAUGCAUGAGAUCCGCGAUGUGGUGAGCAUAGCAGCUACUGGAACAAGAGACUGUGUGGAGCACACAGUGGCGUGGCUGAUGGGAGGGAUACAGCGCGCCGACCAGUCACUGCUGGAGAGAGUCAUCAGUGUGGCCAGUUUGGGACUGGACUCCGCUCUGAUCAUGUCUGAGGCUCUGAUGGACCGAGUGCUUCCUCCCACUGAGGAAGAUAAAGAGGAAGAAGCUCACCUGGUGGAGGGUUUUGAGGCGGCCACACUCAGGAGAAAAUACCCCGUGCGACUGGUUUCACUCGCCACCAAGCUGUGCAGGAGGACUUAUCACGUGAUGCAAUCUGUUCAGGACAUGUCAAACUUGUCCAGGCCUUCAGAUUUGGUCCAGGACCUUCAGAGCAGCUGGAUGACCUUGGCCUGGAGCAUCCAGAUGCUGCCUCAGUACCUGCAGCAUCAGCUCAUAUCCGCCUUGUUCUUCAUCUCCCAGAUGUACAACUUAGGCUGCCCGCCCCCUCACCACCGGCUUUAUCAGGACAGAAGCUCUCUCAAUGCUGCAGAGACCCCCUCAACUCAAAACGAUGCGCUCCAGGUUGCACCACCAGCUACGCCUGCCUUCCGAACGAGGCGACCUACCAAGAUACCCGCGUUUGACAACGGGUGUAAUGUUAAAGGUUGUGUUAGUCGUUGAUUUGUAGUACUGAAUUUGAAGCUUGUGUGCUGAAUUGAUGUCCCACAGUUUGAGAGGUGCAGUUAAAUAUUAAAAUUAUCUGAACAUU